UAGGGGGGGUCGCAUAUAAUAAUCUAAUGCAUUACUACCUGUGGUUCUAAAAAAUAACUAAGCAAGUUAAACUUUCGUAAACGCUUCGAGCCGAGCCGAAUAGCUAGACCGACUGCGAGGAAGAAAGGUCAACGUUUGACGGGUUCACGACCGUGCGUUGGAAGGAGUAUGGUCCCUCCACUCGUUGUCCGACGACCAGAGCAGAGCAGAGAGCGAUAAAAAACCUCCAUCUCUCCCUCCCCCGCCCUGCGACCUAGGCACGAUGAGCUCAGACGCCCAUCACCACCAGUCGGCAUCGUCGCCGGCACCACCAGACGACGUCUUGUGGCCGCCGGAGUUCCUCUGCCCCAUAUCCGCCCGACCCAUGUCCGACCCCGUCAUCGUCCCCUCGGGCCAAACCUACGAGCGGAAUUGCGUCUCCGCCUGGCUCGAGUCCGGCCAGACACACUGCUACAUCAACGGCGAGUCCCUCCUGGGUGACGGCCACUCGGCCUCCCUCAUCUCCAACCGCUCCCUCCACUCCGCUAUCCGACGGUUCUGCCAGUCCUACGACCUCCCCCUCCCUUCCCCGCCGUCGAUCGAGGAAGCCCGCCUCUGCGUCGCCAACCUCCUCCGCCCCACCGCCCAGCCUGAUCCCAACGUCUGGACCUUAGCUCCGGGUUCAUUCAGCCCUCUCGACCCCCGACCUUCUGCUCCCCCACUCGAACCCCGCGUCAUACACUCCGCCACCAACUUGAAACCCGAUCAGGUCUCCGCCUUCUCCUUUCCAGUCUCCCCGAGAAUCCCCUCAGGCUUCCAUUCUGAUUACGCCAACGAUGACCAAGGCGGUGACAUCCCGUCCCGGUUCACGCAGCGACUCCUGAGGCACGACGUGGCAGAGAAGGAGGCGGCGGUUCACGAUCUCCGGCAACUCACCCGAACGGACCUCUCCUGCCGGUCGACGCUCGCAUCGGACAAAGGCCUCCUCAAUGCCCUGUUCGAGCUCUCCACGUCGCGUAGCCUGCAGGCGCAGAGCGACUCCGUCGCCACGAUCGUGAACCUGUCACUGGAGAAGGAGAACAAGGUGCAGCUGGUCCGCGCGGGCGCUCUCCAAUUCCUGCUCGACGUCCUCCGGAACGGGUGCAGUGAGUCGAGGGGCCACGCCGCAGCCGCAAUCUUCAGCCUCGCCGUGGAGGAGGAGAACCGAUCUGUGAUCGCAGCGAUCGGCGGGAUCCCGCUCCUGCUCGAACUCCUCGGCACGGGCGGGGGCCGCGACAUCGCCGCCGCCGCCGAGGACGCGGCUUUGGCCCUCUACUACCUCUCUCUCCACGCGGCAAACAGGAUCAAGAUGAUUCACGCAGGCGCUGUCCCGAUACUGGCGAGACGCGCCAGGAGAACGGCGGGGGUUAUCGGAGGCGGUUCCGCCUCGGCCGACGACGGCGUUGUCCGAGCGCGGUGCUUCAUGAUCCUGUACAACCUCGCGACACUGGAUGAAGGACGGAGGGCACUGCUGGGCUCCGACGUGCUCGACAGCGCGACUGAGGCGAUAGUGGGAGCUAAAGGCGCCGGACCAGUGGUGGAGCAAGCAGUGGCGCUCAUGCUUCUAAUGGUAGGGAAGGGGAAAGCGCGGCUGGUGGACACCGGGCCGGACUGCAGCCUCCUCUAUGAGUUGAGGAGGCUUGCCUCGCAGGGGAGCGGGCGGACCAAGGAGAAGGCAGACGCGCUGCUCCAGGUGCUCAGGGAGGCCCAUGCCGCGGAAUUCGAGGACUACGGUGGUGGUGGCGGGGGACGGGAGGGCACGACACCACCGGUGGCGGGCUCCUCCGGCUGGACCAGCUACCACGAGGCUAAUACGGCUCGCUUUUGACCAAUGUAAGCGGCCCCACCUUAAGCUCUGUCAAUGUGUAAGCAGAGCGUUUACUUGGUGAUUUAUCUCUUCUCUCUCUUACGUUAUUUCCGUGCGUUCCAUUGAAUUGUAUCGAUAAUUCCAUCGCUUACUCUUUGUUUUUCUUCAUGAUGUUCGAUUGAUUGUAAAAAUGAGAUGUUAAGUUGUUGAAAUGGUCUUCUCUCUUCUUCGUGAGUU